AUGGCAAAUCGAUAUGUAGACGCCGCCUCCUUCAAGGCAUACACGGACAGCGAUGGACAAGAGCUCACAAUAGCACAACUGGUGAACGCGUCAGUAGAUGAAGCUUACGAUGCAUGGUUGCAGAUGGAGUGGUUCAGCUGUGGGUCGACAUUGAAGGAUGGGGAAGGCCAUGGGCUUGCUGGCCAUCGCCGCCUCCUGUCGCUUGGCGUAGAAGAGCAAAUCCUAUCAGCAGGACCACCCGAUCGCUCGGACAGAAUUCCUAGUAUUUGUUAUAGAAUUGAAAAGAGUGGUCCGCUGUUGCUGAGUGAUCAUGUGGCAUUUGUGGAAUUUGUAUCUGAUAAUUCAGCGCCCUCCUCGCAGCCAAAAACGCUCAUCCUGUGGAACUCCAAGCUCACACCUUCCACUCUUGGCAGUGUGCUGCUUUGUGGUGGAUCUAUCUCACGACUGGCGCUCCGAACGGUGCUCUUAAGCUCGCUGCAAAGGAUAGCGGCGUCGUUCCAGCAGAAAUAG